AUGGUUAAGGGAUGCAUGUUGAGAAUGGGAUAUGCUGGUGACUUAAACAGUGCAAGUUAUUUGAAGUCAAAAUUCACAAAGCCAUACAAGUUUCUUAUUCAUGCUGUGUUGAUAACAAUGAGUCACCAGAAAGGAGGAUUUGAUAUAAUGCCUGACUAUUUGAUGAACAUGGUUGUAGCUCUUGUAUUGAACAAAAAAUAUAACUUCACUCAUCUUGUUUUCCACUAUAUGGUUGAUGAAAUAGUUUCGGACAGGAAGACUUGGUUAUAUCCAAGAUUUGUGCAGAUGAUAUUGGAUCAUGCAUAUCCUAACUUGAAUAGAGAUGUGAAAAAUGAUCUGUUGGAACAAAAGAAGAAGACCAGGAAAGCCACUCCUACUGUUAAACAAGUUAAAGAAUCUUCUUCACAUCCAAAGAAAAAACAAAAGAAAGCUUCUCAAACAUCCUUGAUCGAUGAGCCUGAAGAAGAUGAUCCAGCUGUGGUAACUGCUGAGAAAGAACAAGUGACAGCUACAACUGAUGAUCCAUUUAAUGUUGAUGUGUUAUUUGAUACAGAUGUUUUGGAAACAGGGCCAGAAGUUGUUGCUAAUGUUGAACAAGUUGUAAAUGUUGAAGCCCAGAAAGAGAAAGAAAAAGUUGCUGAUGAUAUUGAAGGUGACGAUGUAGAUAAAAGUACAACAAGUUCAUCAAGUUCUUCAGAUGAUGGUAUUGAUGAAAUUGAAAGUCGGAAAAGAAUCCAAGCAGAGAUAGAAAAAGAGAAGCUGUUAAGAAAAAGAAAGAGACAGGAGAAAGAUGAUGAUGAUGUCUAUGUGCCCUCUCCAGAGCAUGUCUCAGGAUCACAAUCUUCUCCAAAAGCUAGAAAGAAAGCGGGAGGUCGCAAGAAAUUAGUUUCUCCAAAAAUACGCAAAGUCAAUCCAAAGAAAUCUCCAAAGAUCGUGCUAAAGAAGAAACCAUCAAAAGAAAGUAAAAAGCCUCCCAUACCACCACAUGAACCAACACCACCACAAUCACCUGUUCAUCAAUCACCACCAAGACAACCUACUCCUCCACAACAAUCCUCAUCACCUAAACAACCAACACCUCCAAGACAACUAUCACCUAUUCAUCAAACACCACCACCACAACAAACUAUAUUCACUUCACAAGAUCUGUUUGGUACACCUCCACUCACUCAAAUGCAACCUGGUUCUUCUAGCAGAGGUCUUUGUACUCCACAGGAUAAUCUUUUAGAUAUUGGUGAUUUCGGCUUUGCAAAUAAUGAACAAAUGUUGAAAUUGGAGAAAAAGAUGGAUGAAAUGAUAGUGGAAAACAAGAAGCUUGUUGCUGAAAACAAGAAAGUGUCUGAUAGAGAAAGACUUCUUGAAAUUCGUGUGAAGAAGUUAGAGGAUGAAAAUCAAGUGUUGGUGAAAAAGAUUGAUGCUGAUCAAUCUGAAAUUGAUAUAUUGAAAGUACGCGUUGCGGAGCUUGAAGAAGAAAAGUCUAGAAAAGAUAAUCAGAAUGAAUACUUCAAGCUAAAGAAUAAAGAACUGGAAGCAGCUAAAAAGGCAAGAGAUCAUGAGUUCUACAUGCUAAACAAAGUCGUUGAAAGUAUGCUUGGAACGUCUAUAGAAGAAAAGUUUGAAGAGCUGCAAGUUGAUGAAAUCAGGGCUCAACGUCAAGCAGAAAUAGAGAAACAGAUGCAAGAUAAAGGUAAGGGUAUUGAAGGAAGUUCAGCUGUGACUGAAAGAUCUAUAGUACCUUCUAUGGUCACUGAGAAUCCCGAGCCGAUAUCAGCUAUUUUUGGGUUGUUUGAAGAUGAAACUCACCUUGCUGAGUUAGAGGGAUCUAUUAGUGAUGAUGAUGAUGGAGAAGAGGAGGAAGAAGAGAAAGAGGAUAAAGAUGAAAAAGUAUUUUCUGCUAGCAGUCACAGUUCUGAUAAUGAUGAUGAUGAUGAUGAUGAUGAUGCAGGUGGUACUGGUUUAAGAGUUACUGAAGGUUCUUCUGAACAAGAUGUUGAUAAUCUGAUGAAUGACACGAUAAAUGAAGAGUCAGGAGAAGCUAGUGGAAAGGGGGAGUCUAGUAACUCUCAGAUCGUUGAACAUUCUGAAAAGUUAUUCUUGAGUUUAGAUGUUUAUAGAGAAAUGUUGCAAGAUGUGAAUCCGGAGAUCAAGUUUGAUUUUGAAGAAGAGUUGGAGUCUUUUGAUAUCAAUCAACAGCCUGAAUACACGUAUAAGUAUGUUGAAGAGGCUGAUAAGUAUGAUCGAGUUGAGAUUGAAGAUUGUACGGAUGAUGAAGAUGUAGCUGUAGAUACUUCUAAGUAUCCUACACUCAUGGAAUUCUUUGCUGAAGAAAACAUGUAA